UGUGGAAUCACCCUCUGAGGUUAAAGAAAGGUGUAGGGACAACCCCACAUGGAGGCACCAAGAAGCCAUUGCAGGAAGCUAUGAGGCUUAUGCCUGGUUUGUGUUGAGGAUCCUGAGAGUUGAAGGCCAGAGUUAAGGAAUACUUGCCCCUGGAGGGCUGUACGCAGGGUAUGGAAUCAACACAAGGGGGAUAAUUGCAUUGCAGUAAAAAAGCUGGAAGGCGUGGGAGAGCUGAAGAGCCUUGUGCCGUCACACAUGGACAUGCAGUUUGGCAUCUGCUAGAUUGGCUUCGGUCCCACCUUGAUCUCGUAUUUCCUCACUGUGCCCUCUUUCUUUGCUUUCAGAAUGGAAACACGUACUCUGCACCACUGUAUGUCGAAACACGUAACUGUGGUUUUAUAAGGGUUGCAGUGAAGAGAUUGUCAUGAGUCUCAGAAGAGACUUUGAACUUUGAACAAUAGUCAGACUGUGAAAGUCUAUGGAGACUUUUAAGUUUGACUAAGUAUACAGUGGGUUAGCCUAAUGCUGCCUGUAUUCUAACCCUAAUUUGAGCCCCCUAUACUUGCUGUCACAAGAGAUGGCAUCUGCAGGAAAGACCUAAGAUGCUGAGUGACCCUGCACCCACACUACUUCUGAUGGGGAUAUAAAGGUGCUAACAGUUUAGGUUUCACAGGCCUGGGCUCCAAGAACGAACAUAAGGGAAGAGGAGUGGAGAACUCAGAGGGAGGAGCCGCCAUGAGUGAGGUGAGCUAUGUGAAUGUGGCCCUGAGGGCUGGUCAAUUGGAGUUAAGAGCAGCCCAGAUGAAAUAUAGUAAAUAGUAAUAAUAUCGAUAGGAAAGUAGAUUCAAACAGCAUGGAGGGCAGACCUCAUCUACCCAGCUCUUAUGUUAAUGCUUAUUAUAAAUAUAAACAUUGUCUAUUUCUCCCGGGAAUUCACAAACCAAAGGAAGGGUAGAAACAAAGGCCAGGAUUUAAAUAAUUUCCACAACAUGAGGGCAUUUUAUGAUAGAGCUGUAAGCCUAUGGAGGGACAAAGGGGAAUGUGGGGGUUUGAAUGAACUCCCAAAGGCUCAUCUGUCUGAAUGUUUACUUCCCAGUUGGUGGAACAGUUUGGGAAGGAUUAGGAGGUGUGUCACUGGGGGUGUUUUUGUGGUUUCAAAAGCCCACAGAAUGUGGACAAGCCCUUCCCUUGGAAUGAGGGGGUGGGGACAGAAGGUGAGCAGGCCUCUCUCGGUGGAUAGAGAGAAACAGAAAGUGGGCAAGACUGUCUUUGACAGGGUAUGCAGGUGGAAACAGAGCUAUGAAAAGCUGUGGAGGACAGAAGACUUGUGGAGGCUGAUAGAUGGAGGACAAGGAAGAGAGAUGGAGAAUAGGGAGAUUGGUGGUCCCCUCUUCCCAUUGCCCCUCCCCCAAUCUCAGGGGCCCUUUGUGACAGGUAAGCAGGAGCUCUGUGAUGUAGGCCUGGGAGCAGCUGCUAACACCCAGAGCGAACCAUCAGAGAUCAGUUGCCUGAGGGCAACAGUGUGAUUCAGUCAGAGAACCUUCUCUCCCUGAUGCAGCCUGAAGGAAUGACAAAUUAAAACAUUCGCUCAGGCAUCCAGUACAAGGCCACGCACUACCUUCACGGAGUGCCAGGCACUUGUAGGGCACGACGGUGCCAUGGAAGUACCUUCACUUCCGUUUCCUCCAACCGAAUGGAUCAGCCUCAGCUUCACGACGUGGGCAAUGGACAUGAUCCUGGCCUUCGCCUGUGGACUGGGCCUCUUCCACCUGUGGAUACAUUUCUUCCCACUCACCUCACCCUCACCUGCAGAGGGCGCCUCCACCACCACCAAAAGGGUAAGACUGCCUUCCAUCCACACCACACAGCCUUCUCUAUUAGGGAAACACUUUCCAAAUCCAAUAGGGAGGUGGCGGACAGGGCAUCUCAGCAGACGGGAACCACAUCCGCAUGAGAACUCACGGGUAGGACGGGGAGAGAGGGCUGCGUGAUAUCUGCUCUCAGACCUCCUAGAGCAGAAAGAAGCACUAUGUCUCAGUGGUCACGGAACUGUGGACCUGGGAUGGAUAGGCUCCACUAAGAAACGUUCUGAACACUGGUUCCUCUGUCCCCCUCCUCACAUUAAUGCUCACACAACAUUGUCUUGGUCAGCUGAGCUCAUGUGAAGAGGGUGAUGCACUCCUGGACAUAGGAUCAGGACUUGAGUCACAUCUGGCCUCAGGAAAUGACAAGGCAGUUCGGAGCUGAGCUUCAGCUUACUGAGGUGAAAGAACACUGACCAAUGACAUCCGUGGUGGGUCUCACGGAGACCGUCCACACUUGGGAUUUUCAAGGGAAAAGAAUACAGACUUACCCCUCAUCACAGGGGUGUGAAUGGGGCCGCAGGUGGUGUCUGUUAUCUCUGUCUAUUAGGUGGUGAAGAGGGACCACAACAAGGCCAGGAAGAAAAUCAGGACCUUGAAAGGUAGGCUCCUUCCUUCCCCUGGACAGGUGACUUCAUCUACCCUGUCCCCAAGGGAUGACACCAAAAGAGUUGCAGACCAUGCGGCUGUGGCUGCAUGGAAGGAAUCAGAAGUGAAGACAUUGCCGAGGUGCUGUGCUCAGAAUAAAGCCAGGGACGACCAUGGUUGGCUGCGGUCAGGAGGGUGGUGUGGGUCGGACCAGAAACAUGCUGCAUGCGUCUGCAGGCAAAUGGGUUACUUCACUUCUCUAAGACACUUUCCUCUUCCACUACACUGGACCUCCCUCCUCUCCACAGGGACAUCAUGAAGUCCAUGGAGCUCGGUGGAAAUGGAAGCCUCCGGUCUAUGGUCAGGUCCUAUCCCACAUGUGCCCAGCACUUAGUGCUUUGGGGCCUGUGGCCUUGUUCAGGGAAGCUUGAGCUCCUGUUUAGUUGAUCAUUUCCACAGAAGGGACAUUGCAUUCAGGCUCCCGUAGGCUCUCAGUUCCCUCCUUUACCCACAAUCACCCCAUCUGUAUUUCUAGCUUACAGAGGCUACAGCAGGAAGAGAGGGAAGGAUGACAGGGGCCUGCUUUUGCUCCUGCAGAGGCUGCUUACUGACAUCAUCAGCUUUUGCCAGCUCUUAAGAAGAGAUGCCUCGGCUCAAGGAUCCAGACCAGAAGCUGCCGAAGACCACCAGCCACCUAGGCAUUCCACAGAGCAGUCUAUGGCCAACUUGCCUCUAGUGGCCUCCUUCCCUCUGGUCAAGGAACACUUGCUGCACAAAGAUUCAACUUUGUCACCUACCCUGCUAAAUUCCCUUACUUGUAAGGAAUCACAAACACUUACAUGUGAUUCUACCCCACCAGUGACGACAAUGCCAAAAAUGCAUCCUUUACCACGACCAUGUGGACCAACCUCCCCAUCCUAUCCUCAAGAUCCAGUGUUCUGCUCUCCAUCCAAGACAGACCAAAGCAUGACUCCUCCUCCUUCUCCUCCUCUUCCUCCUCCUCCUUUUCCUCUGCUCUCUCUUCCUCCUCCUCCUCCUCUUUCCCUUCCUCCCUCUCUUCCUCCUCCUCCUCUUUCCCUUCCUCCCUCUCUUCCUCCUCCUCUUUCCUUUCCUCCCUCUCUUCCUCUUUCUCCUCCUCCUCCUCUUCCUCCUUCUCUUCCUCUUCCUCCUUCUCCACCUCCUCCUCCUCUCUCUCUUCCUCUUCCUCUUCCUUCUUCUCCUCCUCCUCCUCCUCCUCCUCAUCCUCAUCGAUGUGAGUGGAAAACAAAACUAGUGACCUCACGAAGCACAUCUCCUACAGCUUUGCCUUGUCCCAUGGCAAGCACCCCAGGCCUUGAGCACUCAAACAUGUCUCCUUCAAGCUCUUCCUGGUACAAGGCGGCUGCCAGGACCUGGUGUCAUUCUAAGUGGUCACAGGAUGAGACCCUGCAAGAGGAUCUCCAUUUCAGCUUCCAAGAGGCCUCAUUGUGGACAGACCCUGGAUACAGGCAGCUAGAGGCUGGAGAACCCCCGUUCAUCAAGCCUGAUGUGCAGAAGAUCCUGGAGCUGCAGAUUAGCAAGAGGGUAGAACUGAAGCUCUGGAAAGAGCAAGGAAGGGAGAGCUUUGACCACGCCUUGAGCUGUGUGGGUGAUAUGCUGCAGUCCUGGAGCAGCGAGCAGGCCAUCACCUGCAAGUCAGAGCAGCUCUCAGGUCUCCAUCAGCUCUUUUCCCCCAGGGUCUUAUGGAACAAGUCUCAGAAGGACUGCAGGCAGCUUUACUGGGGCCUCCCCUUUCUUCACAGUGAGUCCCUUAUGGCUACUGUCAGCAUGGUGGGCUCACCACUCGACUCCCCUGCCAUCUUUUUCAAUGAACUCUCUCCUUACAACUUAAGACAAGCUGAGAGGAAUGCAGCUCCACUGCUCUUCUCUCCAAAGCCCUUGUUUCAACACUUGGUCCCUUCCAAUCCUUUGACUACAAACGUGCCGUGCCCCCGUUCUCCACCAGGGUCUGGAGUCAAAACCCUGGCCCCUGAGCCAACCUCCCUCCCAAGCCUACAACCCGAUCCACCUCCAACUAGGGAUUCCAGGGCUUCGUGCCCGAUAGAUUCAAAAUCCCAACUUAUUUUCCCAGUUGCUGUUCAACACCUAGAUCAGCACCUUUUGAAGAAGAACCAAGAAAGUAGGAGCGAUUUACCUAGUGUAGUGAAAAUGUCACAGGAAGUCUCUCAUCAACUCAUUUCCACCAGUUUAGCUUCCCAGGGACAAGACUCUGUUCUCCACCUCCUGAAGGAUUUCACUGACCCCCAGCUCAAAGAGCACCUAGAGCAACACUUAAAAACCAGGUUCUGGAAACAUGAGGACCAAAAGAUCCAGCUAUCUACUUAUCUCAUGAAAUCUGAGGACAAACUCCCAGGGAUGGGUCAUGCAGAAGAUAAUCGAGGGACUUCAUCUUCCUCAGCACUGGCAGGAAAAAGCAGCCUGCAUGCACAGAGGGUCUCAGCAAAAGGUCCAGAGACACUCCAGACAGGGAAGGACCCAUGCUGCGAUCUGACAAACGGUCCAGGAAGACCUCUGAGAGAUACUGAUGGGAUCACAGAGGGAUCACUGGGCACAGUUCUAGACUCGAUCGCUGUGACAGAGUUGGAGAACUCUGUGAGACAGCCAAGAAGCAACUCAGCAGGUCCCCAGCCAGGAGGACCAGGAGAGCAGCAGCUACAAGACACACUGAGGAACCACUUCAGUGAGCACAGCCAUGACAAUGACAGUAAGGUGCCUGUGGGCACUUGCCCUGGAAUUCCGGGGGACCACAUGGUGGUCCGUCGUGAAAACUCAGAGACCCAUUUGGACAACUCAGAAAUUGAAAAACCAGAAACAAAUAUCAAAACGGAGAAGCAGAAGUCGUUGAAUGAUGGGUCCACCUUCAAAGAUACUUCUCCUCGGCUUCCCUUGCUAGAUCCUGACGUCCAGCAGGUGCUGGAAACUCAUCUUUCAAGACACCUGGUGAGGCACAGAUGGAUCUUGCCCCUCAGAGGCCUCAGGGCCCUACAACUCUUCAAGGUGAACAAGGCUGUAGCUUUGUCACUUCCACAACCCCCAAGUCCCUCUCAGACAUCUUUGAAAUCUAGGGAUGACUCUGUUACAAAAAUUGCUGCUGUCCUGGGAGACCCUUUUCAGAAAGGUUCAGAAGGAGAUCUGAAAAGAAAAACAGUUUUCCAGAGUCAAACCCCUCCCUCUGCCCUCAACCUUGAAUUUCCAAGUGGAACUCGUCCUAGUGACAAAUUAUGCCCCUCUGAGUCCCCUUCAAAUGUCCAGAAGAGCAGAGUGGCUUCCUUGUACAGGACACGCAGCCUUGUAGUCAGAGACCGGCACAGCGACACAGUUCUAGGACCUCGGAAUGACAACCCAGUGCCAGGUCCAAACCUACUCAAGAGUGACCAUGCCUCACAGGAGAGUGAGGGUGCAGAUUUAGACCUCUCCCAUGGGCUGUCAGUUCAGGGGACCAUUGUAGACGCCUGGCCAACAACUAGCAGAGAUAAAAGGGAGCUGGAGGAGGAGGGGUCCUGUGACUGGGCUCUCAAUGCAGAAGCCAGGGAAGUGUCACCCACUCAGAGUAAAGAACAUCUGAAAGGUAUAGAAUCCCUGAAAGUCAAUGAAAAACAGUCCCCUUCCAGAGCCAUUUCCAAGGAGCCAGAAGAUUCUGUUACUGCUGUCUUCCUGCAGGACUGUACCACUGGCAUGAUCUUUCAAGACUGUGGCCCAGAGGUCCUGCUGGACGCAGAUCUCCUAGCCUCUCAGGCCUCACAGUCAGGCUUCAGGACUAGGUCCACUACCAGCAAAACAUCCUCCAGGGACAUGUACCCUUACUUUUCAAGAGGAGGGAAUGUGCCCAAGAAUAUUAAAUCUGAAGAACCAUGGACUAGCCAUAUCUAUGAUCUAACUAAAUACAAAGAGGGCUUUAGGGGCCCCAGGCAAGAUAGACACCUUUCAAAGACGAGACCUGCCCAAGCCUGCUGGUCAGAUACUCGUGAAAACAAUUCCUCCCCUCUACCAGAAAAAACAUUUGGGGACAGGAUAAAAAGUUUUAUGACACACAUUAUGUCAAGUAAAAGUAAAGUGCAGGAGAACUUCCUGCACAAACACAAGGCCUCAUCAGUCACUUCCCUAAGUCAAGGCUCAGUCAUGAGCAGGGUGUUUCUGCCCCCACAGGUAGCUGAGGCUCAGGACUUCACGAUCUCCGUCAGGCCUAUUCUACAGGAGAAAGUGGGGGUUGGCCAUGCCAGGACAGCCUCAAAGAAAAGUUUGCACAAAGACCCACCCCAGGCUCCUAUGGGCAGGCAUGUCUGCCUCCACAGGACUGCCACUGCAGAAAGACACGAAACACAAGGAAACACUCCCAAGGUACACAGCCAACCUUCCACAGACAAAUGGAUGGACUACACCUGCCAGGCCCAGCUGCUCAGAGAGUCUGUGAUCAGAACUCAAGCCUGUCAGCACAGGUUACAGCCACCAUGUUUCCCAGGCACCCCGGUCUACUCUCCCUGGCACUGCCUGUGCAGAAGUGAGCUGUCUAGAAAAGCAAAAGCUUUUCUACACCUAUCGGGAUAGGAAAUUUCCCCAUGAAAAACUAUUUUUUUCAAAAACAAAAACAAAACCAUGGUGUCCGAGUGCUAAUUGACUGCUUCCCAAGGUAGGCAUUAGUUCCUCUUGUGCAUCAUUACUCUGGAGGUUGUGUCUGCAGGGCUUGACCACAGGGAACAUCUCCAUCUUCUUCUGGAGAAGACAGCUCUCCACAGGGUCGGUUCAGUGACAUUUGAAUGACUUCAGGCAUUAAUUGAGCCUACGGAGGGAGGUAGAAAAUAAAAUGUUCGGGGCCCAGGCAGGGGGUCAUGCAGCAGGAGGAUGACCUGAAAGGUUCCGUGCAUGUAGGUUCAGCCCCUGUGCUUCCAGUACAGACUAUGGACUCUCAGGGACCCGUCCGCUGGCGCUCCACCGCAAGCUGGAGGAGCCCUUUAUCUUUCCAGUGUCCGGAUGCCAACCCAGAAAGCAGUCCCAGAUGAUUGUCUAACAGCACAUCUGAUCAUCCGCAUGUUCUGGCUUCCUGAAUUCUAGACACUGAGAUGGGGGAAAAGCCAGAGCUAGAUAUUCUCUGUGUCAUUCACAGCCCGGAGGACUCCGGACACACACACACACACACACUUUGCCAGCAUUAGUCCCAAGGAAAGGACACCUGAGAAGGGUGCUGGGGAUGCACUGUGACCUCACAGCUCGCCAUGCUAGGCCCCCAGCCUUUGUCUUUCCAGGAGACCAGCAGAAGAGGCCUUCUCACACGACUUGCCCACACAGCAGAAGGGACUUUGCCAAAGCACAGGUGCUCUCUGGACCUCUGCGCAGGCAAAGAAGUGUCUCUGUUAGGACCCCCUCAGCUACUUGCCCAGGUUUCCUUACCUCAGUCUUUGUAAACACAUGGGGGUAACUGAAUAGGAGAAUAGCCAAUCUCCAGUGAGCCCUGCUCUGGUCCCUGAAGAGAGCAACCAGGGCACAGCUCCCACGGAAGCGUUUAUUUCCUGAUAGAAAACCCUGUUCCCAGUGGUGCCACACAAUGUACAGGACUCAGCCGCGGGCCCAGUGCCAACACAUGUUCCCGAGGUCCUUGGGUGAGACCAAGCAGCUCCUAUGUGUGGAUAUGGGACCAACAGUCCACUUCUGAGCCAGCAGUGUAUCACUGGCAGCAGCCUCAGCAUGUCUCAGAGGCCACAGUGAAGCCAGGGCCCUGAGGAAGGCACUAUAUGGUACCUCAGGAGCUCAGGAGUCACAUUUGGGUAAAGCAAAUUCUCAGAGUGGGUCCCAGGGUUCUUGAGUGGAGGAGGAACUUAUCCAAGCAGGCCCAGUUGCAAUGCUGGCAUAUGUGCCUCUGAUACUUCCUCCCUUAGCCAACCUAGAAUCUGCCAUCACAGGUACAGGCUGAUGAUGCUGGAUCAGAUGAUGGAGCGAUCCACUGAGGAAACAGUGUCAUAUCCAGCUGCCCGAGAUCCAAUGAAACGCUGGGACGUGAUUAUAAGGGUUUGCCCAGUUCCUCUAAUAAACCAGUGUACUUUUGCCACUUGCCCAAAUCCCAGAAUCUGUGCUCUUGACUAUGAGCCUUUGUAUGCCUGCCUGCAAGGUUCUUGAUUGGGGUUACAAGCAAUACAUGAGGGUACAAGUGCUAGAGACAGUGGUGUUAAGAGACCACACAACCAGCAGAACACAUUCUGCCCAGC